GACCCUGCCUGAUUGGGGAAGCGCAGGCAGCAUACCAGGCAAUGGGGGAUGACGACGCCGCUCAAUAUGACCUGGUAAAGCUGGCUAUUCUCCGCCGUCUGAAUAUUACGGAGGAAACGCACCGAGUGAGGUUCAGGGAGUACAGGAGGUCCCCGAACGUACGCCCCAGGGUGGUCGCGCAGAAGCUCUGUGACCACAUGAUACACUGGCUCACCCCGGCGCUAAAAACAACUGCCCAGAUGGGGGAGGCCAUCGUUAUUGAGCAGUUUUGUCAUGUGGUCGGCGCCGAGACCCAAGGAUGGAUACGGCGCCACAACCCCGACACCCUGGAACAGGCAGUCAAGCUCGCUGAGGACUUCGAGGACUCCCUGGUAUCCGCCCAGACCGGGCUACUCACCCCACCUCAACGGAGCGGCCGAGCCCCACCUCCUCUCUCUGCUCCAUCAGCCCCACCACCAGGACCGGUUCAACGACCUCCAAGAGCACCAACCCCAAUGGGCGACCUUGCCUCCUCUUCAUGGAGACCAAGGUUGGCCCCCAGCGGGGGUAGAGGUGCUGCCCCUGCCCCGUUGCCAUACCAGCAGCGGGACAGACCAUUUAAUACUGUGCCCUCCUUUCCCCCUACCUGUUUUAGGUGCCGCCAGCCGGGACAUCAGGCUAGGUCAUGCCCAUCUGCGAUGGAGUGUGACGUGGCCGUCUGUAAUCUGGCAUCUGAAGCGGAGGAUUACUGAGCACGAUCCGGAGCUGCAGCCGCAGGCCAGCGAAAAACCCGGACUUCACCACUCACCUUUCACUACCAACUGUCUUUGUGUUUGCACCUUUUAGCACUUGAAUCACGCACUGUCUUUUGUGUUCGUGUUUAGUGUGGGUGUCGGAACGGGACUUUGGGGUUGCGGGUCAAACCCGCGGGAUUAUAAAUUAGAAGUGAUACACGCCGCUGUAUCACUUCCAGCACUAUUAUCAUUUACAGGUUUUGC